CGACGCGCUUUUCACAAACGGAUCCAGAAAAAUUGGAAUAAAUACGUGAAAUUGUGAAAAAAUUGUGUGAAAUCCACCGAAAAAACUCGCUACUCAGCUUUCCGCCAUGGCGGACGUUCGAGACAUUCUAGAAUUGGAACGCCCGGUGACUCCGGAGCUAACGAAAGAGUCACUGCUCAACUCGAAGAAGCGGAAUGUAUACGAAAGGAAAAUCGUUGCCAAACGCCCGGAGGGCAUGCACCGAGAGGUUUUUGCGCUGCUGUACAACGAUAACAAAGAUGCACCGCCGCUGCUACCGACGGACAACGUGUCCUGCUACAAACAGACGAAGGCCCGGUUGGGCAUGAAAAAGGUACGCCGGUGGGAGUGGGCACCGUUUGUUAAUCCGGCUCGCACGGAUGGAGCCGUGUUUCACCAUUGGAAGCGCGCCUCGGAAGAACAGAAGGAAUACCCAUUUGCCAAGUUCAACAAGCAGCUGGAUAUACCGACGUACACGUUGAACGAGUACAACGCUCACCUGAAGACGAACCCGAGUAAAUGGACCAAACAGCAGACGGACCAUUUGUUUGAUCUAGCCAAACGGUUCGACGUUCGGUUCAUCAUCAUGUGCGAUCGAUGGGAGCGGGCCAACUACGGUAUCAAAUCGGUGGAAGAUUUGAAGGAACGGUACUACGAGGUCGUUGGCAUUCUUAACAAGGUGCGCAACAAUGCAUCGGAGAAGAAGAUCUUCGUGUUCGAUGCGGAGCAUGAGCGGAGGCGUAAGGAGCAGCUCAAGAAGCUGUUCGACCGCACCACGAAACAGGUCGAAGAAGAGCAGAUGCUGCUGAACGAGCUGAAGAAGAUCGAAGCCCGUAAGAAGGAGCGCGAGCGCAAAACGCAAGAUCUGCAGAAACUCAUCUCGCAGGCGGACCAGCAGCAGACCGAACACCACCAGAAAGAACAGCAACAGCAGAGCCAACAGACACAGAACACUUCGCACAAGAAGCAAGACAAAAAGUUGAACAAGAAAAAGAUCCAACAGCAACCGCGUACCUCCAAGGUGGACUCGGUGGUGAGUGCGGUCGAAAGCGCAGGCAUCAAGUUUACCGAUCUUCGGGGCACCGGAGUGUCACUGCGGUCGCAGAAGAUGAAACUGCCGGCCAACGUUGGCCAGAAGAAAGCGAAAGCACUCGAACAGGUGCUGCAGGAGUUUAAGGUUGAUCCGAACCCGCCGCCGAUCGAAGAGAUUUGUGUGGCUUUCAAUGAGCUACGCUCGGACAUGGUGCUACUGUGUGAGCUGCGUACUGCUCUGGCCACCUGUGUCUUUGAGCUGGAAAGCUUGAAGCACCAGUACGAGGCCCUAUGCCCGGGGAAAACCCUUAACAUUCCGGCGGCCCUAGUGAACCCGGUGACAGACGAUUCGAUGGUCGGUAUGGACGAUAGUAUGUCGAUGAUGUAAUGCAACAAACACAAUCUAACUAAUUUUUAAUAUAAUCAGUACUUGUUUAUCUCAAAUUAA